UGCGCUUCCGGCUUCUGUUUUGGUUUCCAUUGCAGCUGGUAAAGAUGUCUGCGGACACCGGACGAUACAGGGGAGCUGUCAACAAAAAUAAAGACCCCUCCGGUCUUCUAAUCUCCGUCAUAAGGACUUUGUCCAGCAGCGAUGACGUCCAGGACAGGGAGACAGAGAAGGGUCGUCUCGAGGAGGCAUUUGAGACGUGUGACCGCGAACUGGACCAGCUCAUCGUCCAGCACUACGCCGAGCUCACCACCGCCAUCCGGACCUACCAGAGCAUCACUGAGCGCAUCACCACCUCUCGCAACAAGAUCAAGCAGGUGAAGGAGAACCUCCUGUCUUGCAAGAUGCUGCUGCACUGUAAGCGGGACGAGCUGAGGAAGCUUUGGAUCGAGGGCAUCGAGCACAAGCAUGUUCUGCAGCUCUUGGAUGAGAUUGAGAGCAUCAAGCAGGUGCCUCAACGCCUCGAGGCUUACAUGGCCACUAAGCACUACCUCCACGCCACAGAUAUGCUGGUGUCGGCUGUGGAGUCGUUGGAGGGCCACCUGCUGCAGGUAGAGGGCCUGGGCGACCUGCGCCUGGAGCUCCACAGCAAGAAGCUCAACAUCCACCUGGUGCUCAUCGACGAGCUCCACCGUCACCUCUACAUCAAGUCCACCAGUCGCCUGGGACACAAGAACAAGGACAAGAAUGUGGCGCGCCUUCCGGGCACUGCGGGCAAAGACGCGUCCCCCAUGCCGGCGUUGGACAUCAGCGGCCUCUGCACCCCACGCAAAAUUUUGGAUUCGUCGCAGUUCAGCACGCCGGGUUCAAACAGCGUUCGUGAGCUUCAACAAGACAUGCGGGAGUCGAACCAAUUAGAUCUCCCCGAGGUGGACCCGGAGGAGAACAGCGCAGAGUUUAUGGGCAUCCUGAUCAAGGCUCUGGCCAAGCUGAAGAAGAUCCCAGAGACCAUCAAAGCCAUCAUGGAACGUCUGGAGCCGGAGCUCAAGCAGAUAGCGAAGAGAUCCACCACGCAGAUCGCAGACCAUGCCUACCAGAGAGGGGAGAACGUCGCUCAGGAGAGCCAACCAAGGCUUCUGCUGGAGUUGUUGGAGCUCCUCUUUGACAAGUUCAAGGCGGUGGCGCAGGCGCACAGCGUGGUGCUGGCUCAUCUGCAGCGCAUCGCCGUGCAGUGCCCGGGCGGUGCCCACGAGGAGGGCAUCAAGCUGUACGAGCAGGCCGACGUCUCUGCCAAGAUCCAGGCUGUGCUGCAGGUGUUGCUGAUGGAGUACCUGGACGUGAAGAACAGCCGCAGCGCGACGGAGCCAUCGGCCCAGCUCGCCUAUGCCAGCACGGGGAGCGAGUUUGCCGCCUUCUUUGCCAAGAAGAAGCCGCAGCGAGCCAAGCAGUCACUCUUCAAGUUUGAAUCAUCAUCCCAUGCCAUCAGCAUGAGUGCCUACUUGAGAGAGCAGAGACGAGAACUCUACAGCAAAAGCGGAGAGCUGCAAGGCGGCACCGAUGACAACCUGAUGGAAGGUGGAGAAAUGAAGUUUGUGUGCAAGCCUGGAGCGAGGAACAUCACCGUCAUCUUCCAGCCUCUUCUCAGGUUCAUUCAGGAGAUUGAGAUGAAUAUGGGUGCAGGCCAGGCCAAGCAGUGCCAACUCCGAACCUUCUUGACGUACUACAUCAACGACCUUUUCCUCAACCAGGUCCGUACAGAGAUCAACAAAGAAAUCGAGGCAGUGAGCAAGGCAGCCGACCCCUUGAAGAUCCUCGCCAGUGCCGACACCAUGAAGGUUCUGGGCGUACAGAGACCCGUGCUCCAGAGCACCGUGGUGGUUGAAAAGUCCAUCCAGGACCUGAUGAAUCUCAUGCAGGACCUGAGCGCCUACUCCAACCAGUUCCUGGAGAUGAUCUGCGACAAACUCAAAGAGUAUAAAGAGAUCUGCAACACAGCCUACAGGGGGAUAGUCCAGUGCGAGGAGAAGCUGACCAUCAGCGCUUCCUGGUCCAAAGACGAAGAUAUCAGUCGCCUGCUUCAAUCUCUCCCCAACUGGGCAAACAUGGCCCAGCCGAGACAGACGCGACAGAAACGAGAGGACGAAGAGGACUUUACCCGGGCGGCGUUUGCCAAGGAGUCGGAGGUCCUGACGGGCAACCUCGGCGACAAGCUCAUCCCCGACAACGAGAUACUCCGCGACGUCAGCGAUCUCAAGUCUCUGGCCAACCUCCACGAGAGCAUGGAGUGGCUGGCCGGCCGCCUCAAGGCCUUCUUCGCGAGCCUGCCUCAAGGUUCCGGUUUGGCUCUGUGCUCGUCCGACAGCCAGGCCAUGGGCGAUGGCGAGCGCAACCGGGAGCAGAUCCUGCAGACCCUCGGUGACCUUUGCAGGGCCUUCCAGGACAUCGCCAACCGCUGUCUGCUCACAUUGCACCUGGAAGUCAGGGUGCACUGCUUCCACUACCUGAUCCCGCUGACCAAGCAGGGCAACUACGCCAUCGUGGCCAACGUGGAGAGCAUGGACUACGACCCGCUGGUGGUCAAGCUCAACAAAGACAUCUCGGCCAUCGAGGAAGCCAUGGCGGCCGCUUUGCAGCAACACAAGUUCCAGUACAUCUUUGAAGGUCUGGGCCAUCUGAUCUCCUGCAUCCUCAUCAACGGCGCCCAGUACUUCAAGAGAAUCAGCGAGUCCGGCAUCAAGAAGAUGUGCCGGAACAUCUUCGUGCUACAGCAGAACCUCACCAACAUCACUAUGUCCCGGGAGGCAGACCUGGAUUUUGCCCGGCAGUACUACGAGAUGUUGUAUAACUCGGCCGAUGAGCUGCUCCACUUGGUGGUGGACCAAGGCGUGCGCUACACGGAGCUGGAGUACAUCAACGCCCUGUCACUGCUCCACCGCAGCCAGACGGGUGUGGGUGACCUGAGCACCCAGAACACGCGGCUGCAGCGACUGAAGGAGAUUGUGUGCGAGCAGGCUGCCAUCAAACAGGCCAGCAAGGACAAGAAGAUCACCACCGUGUGAUCUGAUGCCAAACUUUGGUCCCAUCUCAUUUUCUUAUUACAGGCAGACUGCCACUAUCAUCGGCCCCACUCAUCCUGUCCGGUAUACAGUACAAAUGUCAUAUUCAGUGAAUUUAGUGUUUCAAAUCAUCUUUCCCCAUUGAAAUGAAUGCUAAUGCCAUUAAUUAGUCUCCCCCCCACCC